AUGAUGAUUGUGGUGGUGGUAAUAUUUGCAGUAUGUUGGUUACCUUUCCACGUGUACUUCAUCAUAGUGUCAUACUUCCCAGAGAUUACUAACGAGCCAUACAUCCAAGAAGUUUUCCUAGGUAUUUACUGGCUAGCGAUGUCUAACAGCAUGUAUAAUCCCAUAAUCUACUGCUGGAUGAAUUCUAGAUUUCGACGUGGAUUCGCACGUUUCUUCUCCUGGUGUCCCAUGGUACAUGUGCCUCCUGAGCCUUCGCUGUCACGAUCCGAAGCCCUGACAUCUCGAUACAGUUGCACUGGAAGUCCUCAAUCAAACACCAGAAUAUCACGGAACGGUACGUCCUCGUGCACAUCCUUGGAACAUCCAUGCGCCACAUCGAGCACAACAUCCACGAGCGAGUCACGCUUCGAGCACGACGACACCUACACGGACGCACGAAAUUCUUACAUAGACUUGCACGACCUCAGCGCCACCAGCGUCGUCGUUGGUGAUACCAAUGCCGACGUUUACCGCGAGAUGUAGUAACGAAAUCAAAACGACGGUGAAUCCGUUCAUUGUUUCCGCACGGAAGCUGUUACGCUCUCGGUAACAGGCAUGGCACGAAUACCUUUAUACCUACAAUCUUCGAGAGGAGGAAACGAUCGGUUCUUGGCCCAACAUCGAGGGAGAAAGUGGAAAACUUCGCAAACCAUGGGCCACGUAUCUUGACAGGAGGAGGAAAACCCACAGCAACGAGUACAUACCUGGAUAUAAGAGUACAUAUCCUACGCUACGGACCUCUUUAAGAUUCAUCUGACGUGAAACAAGAGAGGUUAGGAAGGAGCAAAACAUGCCGUUUCUCCUUCACCACGUAGACCCAUGAUCGACCAGAAAGAAAGCUCAAAUACUGUUCACUAUGUUCAAUAGAAACAUUAACCAUCUACUAAAUAUUAAAUAAUGUUUCCGUCUUGGUGUAAAACAACCGCUGAAUCGAGCUUCAAAACGACGACGAGAAUUUCUAUCAUGUCCACACGUGCUCAAAUUUUUGAAAAUGUCACAAAUAUUUCUUUGCACUGCUACACGAUAUAAAAUGUUAGACAAGUUACUUUUACGUUAAUUUCUAAAUGUUAUUUUAUUUAGAUUCACAAUAUUUGGACUCGUUGUUCAGUACAUAUAUGUACGUAUAAAUGAUGACGGACCAAUAACAUAACCUAUCGC